AUGGUCAUAUCCGAUGACACAUUGGAGGAUGAGAAAGAAAACGACAAAAAGGGAAAGGAAAAUGCCGCAAAUCAUCCCGAUGCUUGCUCGCAUUUUGAUACGCUGAAGUUUAAAAACACCUCGAUGCUAUCGAUUGCAUCCGUUUUUGACGAGACAAAAUUCAUGGCUGCGGCCGUUGACCCGCUUUAUGGCGAGAACGACCCCGCUUUGUGCGAUCGCUUCACGACACGCGAUGGCGAUCAAAAUGACGAUGCGGAUGACGCGCAGCCGGAAAGAUAUUCGUUCCUAGUGCAAGUUUUGGAUGAAAACAAACGUCCACCUUCAGAUCCCAAUUACGAUUGUAGGACGUUAUUUAUCCCAUCUUCGGCAUAUGCCAGAUUUACGCCGUUUGAGAGGCAAUAUUGGGAUAUCAAGAAAAAGUUUUUCGAUGCCGUUGUGUUUUUCAAGAAGGGCAAGUUUUAUGAGCUGUAUGAGAACGAUGCCGACAUUGCUGCGUCCCGCUUUGAUUUGAAGGUGACCGAUCGGGUUAACAUGAAAAUGGCCGGAGUGCCAGAGGCAUCGCUGGAGCUGUGGAUUCAAAAGUUCAUCGAUUGCGGCCACAAAGUGGCAGUGGUAAAGCAGCUUGAAAACCAAAUUGGCAAGGAAAUCCGCAAGAAAUCCUCGGACCAUGAAAAGCUGCCUAAAGGUGCUGAAGACUCGUCCAUCAUUAGGCGCGAAGUUGCCUAUGUGCUUACCUCUGCAACGGUCACCGAUCCUCAAAUGAUGAAUUCCGAUUUUUCGACUUUUGUGAUGUCUUUAAACUACGAAAGCAGCAAUGGAGCCAUCGCCAUGUUGAGUACGGUAUUUAUUGACGUUUCCACAUCGUCCGUCUUUUACUGCAAGUUUGAGGACGAUGCCAGAAGGUAUUAUUUAGAAACCCUAUUACUCCAAAUCAAGCCCAAGGAGAUUUUAUUGCAAAAAGAUGCCGUCUCCCCCUGUUUGGCUUUGUUUAUCCAGAAAUUGCUUCCCUCCACGUCCUUGAUUUAUUUAAAACAAGAGGACGAAUUUUAUUCGACAGAAAGAUGCAUCAACGAGCUUGAAAAGGGCGGAUAUUUUAAAAGCAUCGUAAAAGCCACCACGGAAGGCAAACACAUUUUGUCGACAUCGUAUCCGGCAUCGUUUGAUGCGCUUAUUGCCGACGCAAUGCUGACCUCUGCUUUUGGCGCGAUAUUAUAUUAUCUGAGAUAUCUGCACAUUGACCAGACCAUAAUACCUUGCAUAAAAGUGGCCUCGUAUGAUUUGUUCCCAAAAUCCGCGUCUUCAAAGAUCGGUCAAAUCUCAACAAUUUGCCAUCCCAUCCUUGGGCUAGAUGGAAGUUCGCUGGUAAAUCUGGAAAUAUUCCAAAACUCGGUGGAUGGUUCAAGCUGUGGCACCCUUUUUGAUGCGCUUGACAACUGCAUGACCCCAAUGGGCAGGAGAAAGUUGAGACAUUGGCUUGCACAUCCACUAACCUCCGUUUCGAUGAUUAAGGAGCGCCAGGACUCCAUCUCGCUAUUUUGUAAGCCGGGAUCGUCUCUGGACAAGUUUAUUUCCUCCUAUUUAAAAGGACAGCCAGACAUCGAGAGGCUGAUCUCCAGAGCCCGAUCCAAGCAAUCAAGGCUGAAAGAGUAUGUUUUGCUGCUAGACUCACUGGCGGUGUUAAUAUCGUUUCUGGGCAAUUUGAAAUGCAACGUUGAAAAGCUUUUAGUGCCCGUGGAUGUUUGCCUGAAAAAGUCGUCAAAAAUCUUUAAAUUGGUGUUUGAAAACUCGCUUGACCUGGAGCACCUUGAAUCUUUGUUGACGCAUCUUAGAAAUUCAUUUGAUAGGAAAUCUGCCCUUGAGCAGGGCGAGCUUAAAUUGAACCCGGGGAAGCAUUCCGAUCCUGCCUACAUCAGCAUCGAGAACAAGGUAUCUGCUGUUGAAAAACGGCUGGACUCCUAUGCUUCUCAAAUGAAAAAAGAACUCAAGUGCGGUGAAAUCCGAUUUAAGGACAUCGGCAAUGCUAUUUACCAACUUGAGGUCCCAUCAAAGUACUGCAACAACUUGCCCAAGGAUUUCCUAUUGAUGUCAAAGACCAAAACCGUCCAAAGGUAUUGGACACCAUUGAUCAAAGAAAAUGUAAAGGAGCUCGAGCAGGCUAGGGAGCUGCGAUCGUCUUAUUUAUCAAAUCUGCUUACUUUGUUUCUUGACCAAUUUAAUGAGAACCACCAAUCUUGGCAAGCCAUCACCGAGAUCAUCUCAGAAAUUGAUUGUCUCUAUUCUCUUUUCAAGUUUAAAGAAAAUAGGCUUCCAAUUAGCUGUGCUCCCGAGUUGGUGGCAUCGCCGACAUCUUUUUUCCAUGCCAAUGAUUUGGGAAUGUACAUCAGACAAGUCAGCCUGGCAAACGAUUUCAUCACAAACGACAUUUUUCUCGGCAGGCAUUGUAGCGAUUCAGGCGAUACACACCCACAGGCUGUCAUUUUAACGGGCCCAAACAUGGGUGGAAAGUCUACCCUUUUACGUCAAAUUUGCCUUUGUGUGAUUUUGGCACAGCUGGGCAGCUUUGUUCCUGCCACGUCCUUGAAAAUGUCCGUUUUUGAUCGGAUUUUUACCAGGAUCGGUGCUCAAGACAACAUUUUGGCUGGCAAGUCUACUUUUAAAGUUGAGCUUGAGGAGACAUCGCGAAUUUUAAAUGAAGCCACUCCCCUAUCACUUGUGAUUUUAGACGAGCUUGGCCGCGGUACAAGUACCCUUGAUGGCCAUGCAGUAGCAUACUCCGUCUUUCAUGGUCUGAUAUCGCGAAUCGGGUGUUUAUCUCUGUUUUCGACCCAUUAUCGACUUUUGACUUCCGAUUUUAUUUCUUUUAUUAAGAAGACCAUACCUAAACCGUUGGGGCUGUGGCACAUGAGCUGCAUGAUAGACGAGCAUACCAGGGAUGUGACAUUUUUAUAUAAACUUUCCCAUGGAGUAUGUCCAAAGAGCUAUGGGAUGAAUGUGGCCCGUCUUGCUGGAAUUCCAGAAUCGGUACACGCUCCUCCAUCUUAUUCUUUUAGAUUAUUGAGAGGUCACAUCAGAUUUCUGAACAGCAUUGCAUCGCUGUCGCAGAAGAGAUAA